AUGAAGUCUAUCGUGGUUCUGUCGGCGGCGCUCUUUUUAAGCUGGAGGACCGAGGCUCUCACCUGCCGCUCCCUUCUCAAAGGCGUCGUCAACGGCUCCACCUGGAACUUCGACAACGAGCUCCGAUGUCCGGAGAACACGAAAUGGUGUGUCACGUGAGUGCUGCUUCUCAUGUACCUUUUUUCAAUCUGAUUUUUAUUCUCGCCAUAUCGAGAGGAUAUGGCGAUGUUGCAAUAGCACCUGGGGGUUUAACUGACACUUUUUUGAAGAAGAAAAAAUUAGCAAUUCGAUGAGGAAAGAAGUUGAAGAAAAUAAGGAAGGAUUUGAUUAAUUUAAUGAACCUUUUUUGGACGUUGCUUGAUUAUAAAGAAAAUUUUUUUAUUCUGCUUCCUCCAACAUUUUCGCCCUUCUAGACUUCAAAUUUAAGAAUAUUUUUCAUGUUCAAAGAUAUUUUUAUGCGCCAAGAACACAAUGAAUUUGAAAAACCUUGUUAACUCAUGCAAAGAGAGCGUAAAUCGUGAAGAAUAAAUUAUUAUGGAAAAGAAAGAUUCAGAGUUUAUGGCAAGUUCUACUCGAACGAGUUUGUCAUCGACGGCGUUUUCGGCAACUGCGAAGGUUCUGGGCUUUUGGGUCCACUCAUAACUCCUUUGCCGGAUAACUUGAAGUGUCAGGUCCUUUUUUGUAUUUUUAAUGGUUCUUGAAAUAAUUUCGAUAUUAAAAAGUUUAGCCUUUUUGCAAGGCUUGCAAACAAAAUCCAAUUUUUUACGAUUUUUUCGAGCACAUCCCCCAGUUUAAAGUACCCUUUCUCACGCGAUGACGUCACUCGUCACUCCGUGGUCAAUGAACCUUUCGAAUCAAAACAACAAUUGCGCGAUGUCCUCGUCUUUUUUUCUUUUUUCACGCUCAGGUGCAAGAUUUUAAGCCUACCUGGUAUCAAUUUUCUGAAACUUGAGACAAACCAUUGUUGCAGAAAAAUGAGCCAUUGAAAAAAUCAACUGAAACCCUUUUCAAUGAUUAAUCUUCAAUUGAAGGUGACAAUUUUUGAUUUCGAAUAUUUCGGAAUAGUUUCGAAACGGAUUUGAGACAGUAAUUUUUAUGGAUUACUUCAAAAUAGGUGCAAUUUUUGACGGCGUUUUUCUCGUUUGCCUCAUUUCUCGCAGCCUAAUUCCUUUGGCCUUUUUUCCUUUUGUUAUUCUCAAACAUUUUUUUUUAUUUCUAAUGAUUUUCAGAAUUUCUUCGUUCAAUUUAAAUUUUGAAGCUUUAAGAAUUGAUGUUCAAUCGGAACCACGGAAAUUUUCGACUUUUGAGAGUUCCUAACUUUUUUCAUAGGCCUCCAGGGUAGUUUUUGAGACCAGAUUCGGAAUCAACGAAAAAAACUACAUCUCGUGAUUUUGUUCUCAUUCAAAAGAGUCGACUUUUUGAACUUUAAAGGGGUCUCGAAAAACUUCGAAAAAUAAAACUUCGUUUUAUCCGUUGCCCGACCCACCCUUUUCCCGCAUAAAUUGCUUAUCAGAGAACCUUUUCCAAUUUUAGAAAUUGUCCGUAUUUCUUAAACAUUUGCAGGAGACAGGCUGCACCUACGUCGAGGUGCUGAACGCGACGCGAUGUUGUUGCGAUUCGGAAUUGUGCAACGCGCCGCCGCCUGGUUACCCGUCUGCCGUCAGAGCGUCGCCCCAGGCGAUCCACCUUUCUUUUCUCUUCUUUUUCCUGUUCCUUUGUCUUUUAUUCAAGAAUUUUGUAGAGGUUUGAGCCUUAUAAGGGCAUUUAUGAAUUUAAUAAACUUUUGAAAAAGCUCUUGAAAGUUCAAAAUGAUUUGAAAAAUGUUCAGAGAGGCCCUUUAACCCCGAAAAAGAUAUAGAAAAGACAAAAAAAAAAUCAAAAGUAGAAAAAAAAAGAAGUUCAUAAUUUUUCGUCGCAUCUGACAAAAAAGGAACUUCAAGAAACUAUUUCGAGAGAAUGUUUCUGUCUUGAAAUUAGCUAUUAAGAAGGCGUUCCAUUAGGUUAAAGCUAGAAAGAAACGCGUCGUCGACACAAAAUACAGGCCCACCGCCAAACAGUUUGUUUGCGUUUGGCGCCCGUCACAUCGAUUUUGUUCACUCCAACUGCUUCAGUCCCUUUUGGCACCCUGUUUUGAUUUCGAAACGCUUAAUUUACUUCAUUUUGAACUCUAAUAUUUGUGUGUCGAAAAUCUAGAAGUUACUCUUAUUGUGUUCCAGGAAGGAAGACCUUCAAGAAAGAAAAAUCGUGAUAAUAUAAAAUUUUAAAUUUACUUCAUCAGUUACUUACUACUACUCUGAUUUUUAAAAAAAUUCAUUAUAAACUUUGAAAAACUUCAUAAUAAAAAAAGGUUUCCAAAUGAAAAAUUGUCUGUCAUUGAGUAUCCUUUUUUUCCCUUUCACGCCUUUUUUUUAUUUUAUUUUUUUCUUUUGAGCUUGAUGCAUUUUUUUGACGAAAUCGUACUAAACAAGACCUUUUACCUUAGCAAAAAAAGCCUUUCAGCCAGAUAAAAGAGAUCAGGCCAAUGUGAGAGAAUGCCAGACGACAUACCAAAGAUCCCACGUCAUCGUGGAAAGAAGAACCGACCGAAAGGUAAUCAGAAAAUUUUUCAGCCAUCAUUUUAUUUCAAAUAUCACUUUUUACGACAAAUAUCUUUAUGAACUACAAUCCGAUAUAUCGAUAACUUAUUUUCACUCUUGAAAUCGUCCUCUUGAAAAAAUAUUUGAAGCCGAGUCGAGUAGGCCUUUUGAUACAACCAUAGGUCUUCAGAACUUUCCAAUUUUUUUUUUCCAAAGUCAAAAAUUUUCUUUUGAAGCCAAGAGCUUGGUUAAUCAAGACCAAAUUUUGAACUUGACGAUCUUAAAAAAGUGCUGAGAGACUAUGAACUUAGUUAUCAAAUGGUUCACUUAUCUCUAGAAAUCCCGAGUUUCAGCGAAAAUUAGAAUCUCUCGAGCUUUUCCACAUUUUCCUAGCCAUUUCGGAUGAAAAGCACAGAGAAAGGUUCCAGGUAACUGUGACCGAAUUUUUUGUGACGUUAUUUUCGAGCCACUUGACGUCCAACUUCUUUCAAAUGAACUCCUCAGACUCGGCCUGGCGUCAACAGACGCUUCCGUCGGUCCGAGCCCACGUCGACGUCGUCUCGGCGAUUCCUUGUCUGCUGGUCGGCGGCGUCGCUCUUCUCGCCGUCGGGAUCGCCCUUUACUUCGGCCACAACUCUUGUGAGUCCGACAGUCCGUCUAUAAAUAUUUCUGGUCUUUGAAGCUUUCGAAGAAGAAAUCACUUACACAAACUGUGCGCUGGAGAAUGGGACGAGUGCUCAUGACGUCAUCAAAACGGACUUGCCGGAUGGGACUUUUCAGUGCAGCUACACCAUUCAGCUCGAUAAAGAUUACGAGGUACCCCAGGAAAAUUCUCGGAGCUUUUUGGGUUUCGGAAUUAAAACAAAAUUCUGGUCGCACACGAGGGCUCAAGCGUUGCGAAAAAUUAGAAGGUUUUCAAAAAUAUUUUACAACACCAGCACGUGAGAGUCAUUCUGAGUAGUGUUUUAAAAAAUCGAGCUUGACAUCAAAACUAAUUAAAAUUACCAUAAUCGAUCAUUAACUUAUUGAUCAUGAAUACUUUGAAAGCCUGGAACACUGUAUAAAUUCAUGAUUUAUCUUCUUUACGAUCGCCCUGAAACGUAUCAUUUCUCAGCUUUAUUUCACGUUUGCUACUGCUUGAAUAAAUAUUUUUUCGAAUUUCAGGGAGACGUCAAGUUUUACUACGGACUGACCAACUACUACCAGAACAAUCGGCUGUACUUCACCUCUCGGAACGACAUCCAGCUGACCGGGAAGCUGACGACGGUCGACGACUGCGACCCGCUGGCCUACGAGUUCCGCAACGGCUCCAAGAUCCCAAUCGCUCCGUGUGGCUUCAUCGCCAACUCCAUGUUCAAUGGUUGGAUUGAAAAGUGCUUGGAAAAUCGAUUUUGACUUCCAGACACCUUCCAACUCAUCUACAUCACCGACGCCAAGACAAACGCCGGUGUCAGAGUGCCAUGGACUGCGCGAAACGUGCUUUCGAACACGGAAAUCAAGCGAAAGUUCAGAAAUCCAAAAAGGGUUAACAACCAGUCGUUGUGCGACGCUUUCAAGGUUUCGAUUUGAGUAAUAUUCAACUGGAAACGUGAAUUGAAGAACACGGCAAAGCCGCCAAGCUGGCAGCACCCAAUCUGCGAGUUGGGCACCCGAGAUCCUACCGAAGCAGGUCUGGGAUUUGAGAACAUUGACUUCAUGGUUUGGAUGAAACCAGCCGCGUUGCCAAAGUUCAGGAAACUAUACCGCAUCUUGGAAAGACAGGUUGACCUCUUUCUGAGUUCAAAAUGAUGGAGAAGGUUCAGGGAGAUCAGUUCAAGGAUGGUCUUCCCGCCGGCAACUACACCUUGGUCAUUAAUUACAGUGAGUUAACAAAAAAAAACUUCGUAACAAUGUCCAAAAUUAUUUGUGUACAAAUUCCGAAACGAUACCACGAAAUUUUUUCCUUCCCUUGCAAGUGGAUGAGGCCUCGUUCAAAAGAAUUUCCUUCAGACUAUCCAGUCGACUCCUUCGGCGGAGAGAAGAUGUUCGUGAUAGCUCGCGAGUCUUGGGUCGGCCCGAGAAACAUGUUCCUCCCGAUAAUCUACCUCGUCGUUGGCACCGCCAUGCUGCUCCUCACGGCUCUCUUCAUCCUCAUCUAUCUCAAACAAAGAUUCUCACGAGUUCAUCCAUAA